AUACUUAUUUAGGAACAAUGUUUUGUGGCUAUUGGCUAAUACCAAAAUAAAUCAAAGUUAACGCACUGCUUAAGUUAUAUCGUCUCUAUCACGAUAUGAUAAAUGUUGUCCCAAUGAAUUAAUUGUCAAAUCGAUCAAGUUAUUUCAACUUUUCAACAAGCACAAUUAAUCCAAGAAAACAAAACAUGUCCCAAUAAACAUAGUCAUCGGAUUUGCUCUAUAAAUUGGUGGAGUUAAUCCGUCAAAAUAAUUGUAAAUAAUGUCAGAUUCAGAAGAGGAAUCUGUGAAUGUUCGAAAUUAUGAAGAAAUCGCCAAAGAGAUUGAGCGACGUAAAAGAAAUCCUGAGACAUCUGGGAUGUUUGUUUCUGGAUGGGACGAUGCUGAUCAAGACGUAGACAUUGUGAAAAAUCCAAAAGAUGAUCCAGUUGAUUAUGUCUUAUGGGCAGCUGAAAAUGGAGAAUUAGAUGUUUUAAAGGAAAUCAUAAAAACUAAUCCCAGUCUAGUGCAUGUAAGCGAUUCAGAUGGUUAUACCCCACUUCACCGUGCCGCAUAUGGAAAUCAUUUAGCUUGUAUUUCAUACUUGCUGAGUACAAGUGCAAAAGUAAUUGCAAGAACUGAGGUAGGAUGGACCCCAUUACAUUCCGCAUGCAAUUGGAAUAAUUAUGUAGCUGCUGCAAGGCUAUUAGCAGCAGGAGCUGAUCCAGCUGCUUUAUCUGAUGGAGAACAAACACCAUUGCAUUUAGCAUCAGCUCUAAGCCAUAGUAAAUCAACUUUAAUUUUAUUAUUAUUAAGAGAAGACAUUGUAAAUAUUGCUCAGAGAAAAAAUAAAUCAAAUGAAACACCCGAACAACUUGCUCGUGGUCAUGGAAUUUAUGGUCCUUUAUUUGAGAUGGCACUGCCAGCGGUGAAUCAUAUAAAAUCAUUGUCAUUUACUUGCAAUCCAUUUUUUAGAUGAAUAAAAGAUUCAUGUAAUAUCUUG